UAAUGUAGGUACAUUUUCUACGUUAAAAGUCAGGUUAGAUUGUUUUCUAACCAAAAAAUGUCAUAUUAACAAACACAAUUUUUACGUAAAACACUACCGAAACGAUGGACGGCAAACGCGAACUGACACAGGAGGAAUGGAAAUACCUGACCAACUAUUUCGUCGGCAACAACUACAGGUACAGGGAGAACAUAAUCAUACCGAAGAACCUGGGCCCCGUUGCGAUCAAAACGAACGAAGAGAAAAUGGUGGAGGCCUUCUUCGAGAGUUGCCCGUUCAAGACGGUGAUGAGCGGCGUCAUCGGUUACGGAUUGGGUGCCGCCAUCGGCCUGUUCUCGUCCAGCAUUGGUCCCUCAUCAGUCACCGAUGUGGAACAGCAGACUGCGCGACAGGUGUUCAGGGAGAUGAAAACCACCACGUUGAGUUACGCGAAAAAUUUCGCCCUUAUUGGGGCGCUUUUUUCUGCCGUCGAAUGCACUAUUGAGACUGCUAGGGGGAAGAGUGAUUGGAAAAAUGGUACUUUGUCUGGUGGAGUUACAGGCGGGCUAAUUGGAUUAAGAGCUGGUGUUAAGGCUGGAGUCAUUGGAGCAGCAGGAUUUGCACUUUUCUCAACUGCCAUAGACUAUUACAUGCAUUCAAGAUUUUGACCCAUUUUUUUAGAUUAUUUAUUAUUGUUGUUUUGUUAUUAGUAAUAAAUUUAUACAAAUA